CCGCGCGUCUCCGCGGCUGCCUCUUUAAUCAGGAACACAGAAGGGGCGGGCCCUGAGCCGGCGCGUAAUCGGAUAGCUCUGCCGCGGCUCUGACAUCCACAUGCGGCUCGGCCUGAAAAGGCUGGGGGGAGCCGGAGGGGAAGCAGAGAAGGCGAGCGAGGCACCAGCCCGCAACCCGCCCCCGGCACAUCCUCAGACGCGCAGACCUCGGCGAGGCGCUGGGCGAGGUGGAGGUGAGGGCGGGCGCGAGCGAACUCGGAGAGGGGCUCGCGCACUCCCAGGCGAUCCCAGCCGCCGCCGCCGCCGCCCCGCCAGCAGCAGCCGCAGCCGCAGCCGCCACAGCAGCCGCCGCCGCCGCCGCCGCAGCAGCAGCAGCAGCUUCUUUCCUCUGACUCCCCUCGUCAGGCUGGCCGAGCGGGUGUAACCGCUGGGGAGGCUCCCGCUCGGGGAAACCCGGCGACGGCAGGAGCUGGGCGGCCGCCUCCCACUCCGGCCGUCCGGCCGUGGCUGCCUCCGCCCGCGUGUCGGUCCCGGGUGCCGGGGGAUGUGUGUCAGUUUACGCCUCUGAGAUCGCACAGCUGCCUGGGGACCGUGGGAUGCCCAAGCCAAGUCUGGGCUUUUCUUUUUAUCGUCAUUAUUAUUAUAUAUGUAUUUUUUACGCUUGGCUUUCGGGAAAUCUUCGUGAUGUUGUAGGAUAAAGGAAAUGAUACUUUGAGGAACUGGAGAGGACAUAGAUGCGUUUUGUUUUUAAGAGAGGAAACCCGUCCCCUCUUGCCAGCUUGCUCCCGCUUUGCUGAUUUCAAGAGCUACCCUCCUCCUAGUGAGGUGAGAAUCCGGCAGGAAUAAGGUGAAGACGGGCCGCCAGGACCCAGGAGGGAAACACUGACCAUUAGAGACCUUUGCAGAAGACACUGUAAGGAAGAAAGCAAGAGAGAGGAAAACAAAAAGACUUAAAAUUAUACAAGAAAUCUACAAAUCCAGCUCUGGAGAAAGCCUCCUUCUCCAAAAUGGAUAUGUUUCCUCUCACCUGGGUUUUCUUAGCUCUCUACUUUUCAGGACCCGAAGUGAGAGGCCAACCAGACUCACCCUGUGGAGGUCGUUUGAAUUCCAAAGAUGCUGGCUACAUCACCUCCCCCGGUUACCCCCAGGAUUACCCAUCCCACCAGAACUGCGAGUGGAUUGUUUACGCCCCUGAACCCAACCAGAAGAUUGUCCUCAACUUCAACCCUCACUUCGAGAUUGAGAAACACGACUGCAAGUAUGACUUCAUUGAGAUUCGGGAUGGAGACAGUGAAUCUGCAGACCUCCUGGGAAAGCACUGUGGGAACAUCGCCCCACCCACCAUCAUCUCCUCGGGCUCCGUGCUCUACAUCAAGUUCACCUCGGACUACGCCCGGCAGGGGGCAGGCUUCUCUCUGCGCUACGAGAUCUUCAAGACAGGCUCCGAAGACUGUUCCAAAAACUUCACAAGCCCCAACGGGACCAUCGAAUCCCCCGGGUUUCCCGAGAAGUACCCGCACAACUUGGACUGCACCUUUACCAUCCUGGCCAAACCCAAGAUGGAGAUCAUCCUGCAGUUCCUGACCUUUGACCUGGAGCACGACCCGUUGCAGGUGGGAGAGGGAGACUGCAAAUACGACUGGCUGGACAUCUGGGACGGCAUUCCGCAUGUUGGCCCUCUGAUUGGCAAGUACUGUGGGACCAAAACCCCCUCGGAACUCCGCUCGUCCACAGGGAUCCUCUCCCUGACUUUCCACACGGACAUGGCGGUGGCCAAGGAUGGCUUCUCUGCACGCUAUUACCUGAUCCACCAGGACCCACCAGAGAACUUCCAGUGCAACGUCCCUCUGGGAAUGGAAUCCGGCCGGAUUGCUAAUGAGCAGAUCAGUGCCUCCUCUACCUACUCGGACGAAAGGUGGACGCCUCAGCAAAGCCGGCUCCAUGGCGAUGACAAUGGCUGGACCCCCAACUUGGAUUCCAGCAAGGAGUACCUCCAGGUGGACCUGCGCUUUCUGACCAUCCUCACAGCCAUUGCCACGCAGGGCGCCAUUUCCAGGGAGACGCAGAAUGGCUACUAUGUCAAAUCCUACAAGCUGGAAGUCAGCACGAACGGGGAGGACUGGAUGGUCUACAGGCACGGCAAAAACCACAAGGUAUUCCAAGCCAACAACGACGCAUCCGAGGUGGUUCUUAACAAGCUGCACACGCCCCUCCUGACCAGGUUCGUCAGGAUCCGGCCCCAGACCUGGCACUCAGGCAUUGCCCUGCGGCUGGAGCUCUUUGGCUGCCGGGUCACAGAUGCACCCUGCUCCAACAUGCUGGGGAUGCUGUCGGGCCUCAUCCCCGACUCCCAGAUCUCGGCCUCCUCCACCCGCGAGUACCUGUGGAGCCCCAGCGCCGCCCGCCUGGUCAGCAGCCGCUCGGGUUGGUUCCCCCGGAUCCCUCAGGCCCAGCCAGGCGAGGAGUGGCUCCAGGUGGACCUGGGAGUGCCCAAGACAGUGAAGGGCGUCAUCAUCCAGGGGGCCCGCGGGGGAGACAGCAUCACUGCUGUGGAAGCCAGGGCGUUUGUGCGCAAGUUCAAAGUCUCCUACAGCCUGAACGGCAGAGAUUGGGAAUACAUCCAGGACCCCAGGACCCAGCAGCCGAAGCUGUUUGAAGGCAACAUGCACUAUGACACCCCGGACAUCCGAAGAUUCGACCCCGUUCCUGCGCAGUACGUGCGGGUGUACCCCGAGCGGUGGUCUCCGGCCGGGAUUGGGAUGCGGCUGGAGGUGCUGGGCUGUGACUGGACAGACUCGAAGCCCACAGUAGAGACCCUGGGACCCACUGUGAAGAGCGAGGAGACCACCACCCCAUACCCCAUCGAGGAGGAGGCCACAGAGUGUGGGGAGAACUGUAGCUUUGAGGAUGACAAAGAUCUGCAGCUCCCUUCGGGAUUCAACUGCAACUUUGAUUUCCCCGAGGAGCCCUGUGGUUGGAUGUACGACCACGCCAAGUGGCUCAGAAGCACCUGGCCCGGCAGCUCCAGCCCAAACGACCGGACAUUUCCAGAUGACAGGAAUUUCUUGCGGCUGCAGAGCGACGGCCGGAGAGAGGGCCAGUAUGCACGGCUCAUCAGCCCUCCGGUGCACCUGCCCCGAAGCCCCGUGUGCAUGGAGUUCCAGUACCAAGCCACUGGCGGCCGCGGGGUGGCGCUGCAGGUGGUGCGCGAGGCCAGCCAGGAGAGCAAGCUCCUCUGGGUCAUCCGCGAGGACCAGGGCGACGAGUGGAAACACGGGCGGAUCAUCUUGCCCAGCUAUGACAUGGAGUAUCAGAUUGUGUUUGAGGGAGUCAUAGGAAAAGGACGUUCAGGAGAAAUCGCCAUUGACGACAUCCGGAUAAGCACUGAUGUCCCACUGGAGAACUGUAUGGAACCCAUCUCAGCUUUUGCAGGUGAGAAUUUUAAAGUGGACAUUCCAGAAAUACACGGGAGAGAAGCCUAUGAAGAUGAAAUUGAUGAUGAGUACGAGGUGGACUGGAGCAACUCUUCUUCCCCGACCUCAGGGUCUGGCGCCCCUUCGGCCGACAAAGAGAAGAGCUGGCUUUACACGCUGGAUCCUAUCCUCAUCACCAUCAUUGCCAUGAGCUCCCUGGGCGUCCUCCUGGGGGCCACGUGUGCGGGGCUUCUGCUCUACUGCACCUGCUCCUACUCGGGGCUCAGCUCCCGCAGCUGCACCACUCUGGAGAACUACAACUUCGAGCUCUACGACGGCCUCAAGCACAAGGUCAAGAUGAACCACCAGAAGUGCUGCUCCGAAGCGUGACGGAUUGCACCCAAAUCACAUCUGACGUUUCAUUCCAGCAAGAGGGGCUAGCGGAGAUUACAUUUUUUUUGUCCUUUCGGAAACUGAAUGCCAUAAUCUCGAUCAAACCGAUCCAGAAUACCGAAGGUGUGGACAGAACAGACAGACCAGUUGACGGGGGCGGGGAGAUUGCGGCCGCGCAGGGGGGCCAGGACCCACCUGAGAGCGCCGUGGCGGAGUCGCGUUGCUGGGACUAAGACGGGAGCUCAUCUCUUUGGGGUCACAGUUGUAUUUCGUUUGUGAGUUUGUUAUGAUUAUUAUAUUUUAUUUCUUUGGUCUGUGAGCAACUCCAAGAGGCAGAAGAGGAGGACUUUUCUAGGAUGGAAGCAGAAUAGUGGUCAGUGGUACUCUGUUCUCUCGUUCUAAUCAGCACUUGAAAAGCAAAAGGUCUUUUCAGACUGUUCAUCUUUAGGGGAAAAAAAAAAAAAAGCCGUCCAACUUAUCCUGUCCUCUGAUCGUCUUAUGACUUCCGGGAUUUGCUGUGGUGUAGGUCCUGCCAGCCAACCCUACAGGCUGCCAUUUCCAGUCCUAGCAUUUAAGUAGGAUGUUGUUGCCUUUAACUUUUUUUAUCCAGGGGAAAAUUGCCAUUUUAGGGUCAGCGUGAAUAGCUCUUUCUUAUAUGAGAUUUAAAACAAGCCGGAAAGGAAACUUCACACGUCAAAAUCCACAGAAGCAUCUCCAUGUUAGAAGCGGACAAGCCUUAACGUGCUUCGUGACUAGGAGCCAUUCAUUAAAUCUAGACCCAGAAUUUGUGGCUGUGAGGCUACUUCGAGGGGCCUCUGGUGGUGGUUUUGCGUUUUUCUUUUGCCUCCUCCUUGUUCUUCGAAAACAUACACGUAUACACACACAUGCACGCGCGCGCGCACACAUCGUCAGGUGUCUACUCCCCAAGGCAUAGCAUUGGUCGCUGUCCUCAGAGAUGGAGGGUGGAGGCAACACGGGCUGUUAGUACGUUUUCUCCACUGGGGAGAUGUCACGAGGAGAACAGUGGAGAAGGAAAAAGGAGUCCAGCCUCUGAUGGUGUCAUGGCAAAGCCUAAACAGGCUCUACGGAGGCAUUUGGAUGAUUUCGUCUCUUUGAUAGGCUAGUAAACACUGAGUUCUCCUCGGGCUUAUAGCCCCACGUCAGCGUUUCAGGAGAGUCAGGUAGGAUGUAUGCGAGCUGAUCUGAACCAGAAAUGCGCAAGUACUAUGGACCAAAACACUAACAACAUGGCUUCUACCCCAGAGAGACCUGUGUUCUUACACACACACACACACACACACGUACAUACACACACGUACAUACACACACACACACAAUUUAUGUGUUUUUUAUUAAGUGCCUUGAAACAAUGAAAAAAAAACCUGUAUUUUCCCUCUAUGUAGAAAUCAGUGAAUAUCAUAAAAGUAAGGCAUUCCUUCUUUCCGAACCCCCGUGACUCCACUGCCAGUUCCCCCGGCUCACUGCUGAUCCUACGAAUGGAUUGAGCCCUGCUGCCUGAGAGGUAGUCAUGGCCCUCGAUGACUCUCACCUACUCUAGGAGGGGAGGCUCAUCAAACUGUGAAGGAUAAGAUUGUCCGCGCCAAGUUCCAAAUCUCGAUUUUGUAGUCAUGCCUAAAGAUCGCCUGUGUGCUGGAAAUACAUUUGAAACCCAGCCAGUAUGCCCAGCCCAUUGCUUAUCAGUGGUAAACGGUCAGACCAUUUUUGCUGCUAUGGUCACCCACGAUUUCAUUUGUCUCAUACCCAUGUGAAAGGAAAAGGGUGAAUGGGACUGGCGGGUUCCUUCAAUGUUAACAUACGGAAAUGCUAGUUCAAAUGGUAACGUCACAGUGUUUUGUUUGCGGAGAGGGAGAGUCCGAACCGACAGCUAUUUAUUCAUAUGUGUGUGUGUCUUUGCAAGCCUUUGAGUUCUCUGUAUCUACUGUGUAUGUGAAUGGUCACGUGGGACUCCGUGAUGUUGUUGUGACUUUGACCUAGGGCCCGAGUGUAACUGCUGAUCUCGGCACUUGUUGGCACAGUGGUAGUUAGAGUGAAAAGUAAAGCUGUCAAGCCCACGGGCUUAGCUUUAGGACCCCCCCCCCCAAGCUGGGCAUGCAGCAGAAACCAGUUCUUAACGCUUUGUCGAAAGCAAGUUUUUUAUUAGCCCACCUUCCUCUUUGCCUUCCCACGUAGCUCAGUGUUCAGGAAGCUAGCAAGUCCUAGGGAUUUCCAGAAGUUGCCUGUAGAAGAAGAGAAGUUUAAAAGCCUACCUUGGAGGUCCUGGCCCUCUCAGGCUCUGUGGGUCCUUAUACAGUGCCCCCAAAGACCAGCCCUGUCUUCAGCCUGCAGCUGGCCUCUAAGUUACGCACAAGCCAACCUACAUCCCCCCGACGGUCCGCCAUCCAUUCUCACCAUUGGCUUGUUUGGGGCCCUGGGUGGGCCCUGCUACACAAAAGCAAGCCACCCAGGGCUACGUGUAGAUACCUCACCAACACUGGAGGCUGGUCCGUUGUAAGACAGAAUGACAGUGGGGUCUGGUCCCAACUCGGGUGCCCUGGUGCAUUUGUUGUCUCUCUCUGCAGGUAAGCUAGCUGACCCGUCCCCUUGAGUCAUUCCCUUUGGGAAACCCAAUUCACAGUAUUGAUCUUCUUUUUUGCCUUGUACUGAAUGACACAUUACCUCCACGCUCUCCCGGACUAGGCAGUCCACAAGGCCACGGGGUUGCUUUCUCUCUUCGGUGGGGAUAGGUCGUUGACAGGGAUGAGGGUCCGAGGAGUGAGCAUGAAUGCAAGAAAGCAAGGGGGAAAGUUAAACAGUCACACGGAAGGUGAACUUUUCCAGGGUUUGCAGUUAAAGGUGUUCGACCAUUCGCCGGCUGAGCCAGAUCGCGGGAACUUGAGAGCUUUUACUGUGAUUCUUCAAUGUAAAAAAUAAACAACAAGGUCAAACUGUGUUUAUAUGAUUUGUAUAAAGUCUUUUUAAGAUUGCUAUUUAAAUAAACAUUAUACCAGAGAUAUGUA